UUUUCUUAAUUAAUAAAAGCCCAAUCAUGUUCUCUUCACCCUACGUUCCCUUCGGACUGCACGUUCCCUUCACCCAAUGUUCCCUUCAGACUACUUAUGUUCCCUUCAAUCGGUGUUCCCUUCAGACUACUUGUGUUCCCUCCACCCUAUGUUGCUUUAAGACUACCGAUGUUUCCUUCACCCCAUGUUCCCUUCCGACCACCCUGUGUUCCCGUCACCUUUGCUUCCUUCACCUCUUAUUCCUUUCACUACAUUAACUAUGCCUUUAG